AUGUCUUCUUCAAAAAUCACUCUCUUUCGUAGGACCGUUUUGCCAACUCACUUCUUUAGUAGAGUUCGAUGCCUUCAGUUGCCGGGUCUUAUGUUGAGGAACUCGAGACCUUACUUAUUUCAUUCGUCGUCUUCGAAAAAUUUUAAAAAUAUAAAAAAUGCCGAGACUGGACAUAAGACUGAAGCUGUAUGUUCUAAUGCUCCCGAAAAAAAACUAGCGACUUCUCUUAAAGAACAGGUGCAAAAGAAGUUUACUGGUAUCUCAAAAAAACUAAAUCCUGACACUCCGCCGUCUGGGAAAAAUAUAUGGAACUUUAUACGGGACAACUGGAAGCAAGUUCUGGGGGCUGGCAUACUAGCGGACUUUCUUUUUGCUUUGGCUGUGAAUAAGAUCAGCAAGUAUCGUGUCAAUUCAGCUUUAAAAAAUGGUACUCGGCCCAAGUCAAAAGUGCUGGAAGAGUUUGUUCCUCGACCUCAAAUUUCAGAAAUCCUUAAGAAAAUUUUUCAGCCAAACGAACAUCAAUCAUUUUAUCACGUCGUUUGCGGAGAACAUGGCACUGGGAAGACAACAUUGACUAGAAUGGAGGCAAAAAACGUUGGGAAAG